UCCUUCUCAAACGGAACAUGUCCGUCUGGGGUUGUUUGUCCGGCGAGCGACGCGGAUUUACCGAUUCUGGAAGAGUCGAGAUGAACGUCGGAGUAGUCCCGUGAUGAGCGUCCCGAACACUAAUUACGGCGCAAAAGUGAUCAACUGAUACUUUAGCUGUGGUUGUAUCGGAAUAUUUGCUAUCGGGAGUCGAGGGUAUAUCAACAGCAUGUGGAAAUUAGACCCGGAUCGACCGUCGCGCCUCGGCUUUUGCUUGAAAAAGCAAUCAGUAGUGUUUGAUACUAUCCCACUUCUAUUUCCAGAUUCUCAAACGAGCUCCUAUAUCGUACAUUCAAAUUUGUCUGAAUGUUCCGAGAGACGAGAAAACAAUUGCCGGUCUCAAUCCCGAUCCGUAAGCCGUAGUCUAUGCGCAUGUAAGAUGUGGAAAAGAGAUAUGUUGGCUAUAUUGGCAGCGGGGUUCUCAGUCUGGAUACCAAGCAAAAGAGUCAGCAAGGGACUGAUUGUCAGAUAAGCAAGAAAAGCAAGAAGUAUUGGAAAUACUCAGUCCCAUUGC